AUGGCACCCCUACACACCACGCUCCCCUGGACAGCGUCGCCACUCCUCAUCUCCGCACCCAUGGGUGGCUAUGCCGGCCCGCACCUCGCCGCCGCCGUCUCCCGCGCGGGCGCCCUCGGCCUCAUUGGAGCCUUGAUGGACGAGAAUUUGCUUGAUCGGCAACUACAAGAAGCAAGUGAUCUGCUGGAACGGGAGCCUAAAGUCCAAUCUGGCACAGACGGCAUGCUGCCGAUUGGUGUGGGACUAUUGCUGUUCGCGCUCGCGAAGCCGGAGAAGCGCGAUGCAUUCCUCAACGUCUUGGGGAAGUGGAGGGUGAGUGUAGUGUGGCUUUUCGCGGAGCGGGAACUCAAGGACUUUGGAAUAUGGGCGCAAGAGAUCCGCAAGGUCGAGGGGUUGCAGCACACGCAGAUCUGGAUACAGACUUGCUCGGUGGGCGCGGCAGUACAGUUGGCGAAGGAAGUCAAGCCAGAUGUGUUGGUGAUGCAGGGCAGUGACGCUGGCGGGCAUGGACAUGCGCGGUCUGCCGGUGUGGUGAGCUUGGUGCCGGAGACCAUUGAUGCAUUGGCCGCCGAAGACCUUACCACGACUCCGUACGUGGUGGCGAGUGGAGGGCUCGCGGACGCGCGCGGUGUGGCUGCAGCUCUGGCUCUAGCCGCGGACGGCGCAGUCAUGGGGACGAGGUUCCUAGCGAGUGAGGAAGUCAUGAUGCCGCACCCAGGCUACAAGCAGCAAGUACUCGACGCCAAGGACGGCGCGCAUGCGACGACGCGGCACACGGUAUUUGACGAGUUGAAGGGACCGAACAUGUGGCCGAGCCACUAUGAUGGACGGGGCUUGAGGAGUGUGAGUUGGAAGGAGCAUGUUGAGGAUGGUGUUGGAAUUGAGGACAUCCGGCAGAGGACGAAGGCGGCCGAGGACGGUGAAGGGAAAGGGUACGCUGGUGCGCCGGAAGAGAAACGGCAAGUUGUCUGGGCUGGAACAGGAGUCGGGCUGGUCAAGAAGGUGAUGCCUGCUGGAGAGAUUGUGCGGACGGUGAGGGAUGGUGUGAAGCAAAGGCUCGAGGAUGCUAGAGCGAGAUUGUGA